CCGGGAUUGUUCUUAUUUUUGGGGAUUUUGCAGAGAGAAAUUAGCUCAUUAAAAUGUGGGGCGACACCUUAUUGAUUGUCUUCAUAUCAAUCUGCACGGCUUUUCUCGGAGAAGGCUUAACGUGGUUGCUUGUUUACCGUACUGAUAAGUAUCAAAAACUCAAAGGAGAAGUGGAGAAACAGAGUAAAAAAUUGGAAAGACGGAAGGAGAUCCAUGGCGACUCCCUGGAUAAGCAGCACAAGAAAAAAAUUGAACGUGAUGAGGAGAGGCUGAAGAACAACAACAGGGACCUAUCGUUGGUGAAGAUGAAAUCAAUGUUUGCGACGGGAUUCGCUUUUACGGCACUUUUGAGUAUGUUCAACAGCAUUUUCGAUGGGCGCGUUGUUGCACGACUCCCCUUUGUACCCAUCUCAUGGAUCCAGGGGUUGAGUCAUCGAAAUCUCCCCGGAGAUGACUACACCGAAUGCUCAUUUAUCUUCCUCUACAUCCUCUGCACCAUGUCCAUUCGGCAGAAUAUUCAGAAAUUGCUUGGAUUCGCCCCAUCUCGUGCUGCUAGCAAACAAGGUGGAGGACUCUUUGGACCAGCCCCAGGACAGUUCAAGUAAGAGCCGGAAAGGUAAUUUUUUUUUUGCAUUAUUAGAUUUUAUUUACAUUAAUUUACUAUGUAUAGAAGGAAAAGAAUUUGAUGCGAUUUAUGUUGAAGCCCUAAAAA